ACACUGUUGCUCCUUGUACCUCAAAUCUCUAACUUUCUCUCUCUUCUUCUCUUCUCUGUUUUCUGUAUCCAUCUCCCCCUCGCCUCUCUUUCUUAGACCUAAAAUCAGCUUCCAACAUCGCCAUUCAACCCCUCUUUCCCUCUGCUUUCAGGUGGGAUUGGAGAAGUGUUUAGGGAGUUGUGAAGUGGGAAAAUGGCCGGGAGUUCGAGCGAGGAGUCCGGGGUUAGCAGAUCAUUUGACGGAUUGUCGAACGGGCAGCAGCAGCGGUCUGGUGAAGCGUUGGCGGAAUGGCGGUCGUCUGAGCAGGUGGAGAAUGGGAUUACGUCGACUUCACCGCCGUAUUGGGAUACUGACGACGAUCGAGAUUUUGAAAAGAGACCGUCUGACCUAUACGGAAAGUAUACGUGGAAAAUCGACAAAUUCUCACAGAUUAAUAAGCGAGAACUUCGUAGCAAUGCGUUUGAGGUUGGUGGCUACAAAUGGUACAUCUUGAUCUACCCACAGGGGUGUGACGUCUGCAACUUUUUGUCGUUAUUUCUUUGUGUUGCAGAGCAUGACAAGCUUCUUCCCGGAUGGAGUCAUUUUGCACAAUUUACGAUAGCUGUGGUGAAUAAAGACCCCAAAAAGUCGAAAUAUUCUGAUACGUUACAUCGCUUUUGGAAGAAAGAGCAUGACUGGGGCUGGAAAAAGUUCAUGGAAUUAUCCAAAGUGAUGGACGGUUUUGUCGAUGCCGACACACUCAUAAUAAAAGCUCAAGUCCAAGUUAUCAGGGAGAGAGCAGAUCGUCCUUUCCGAUGCCUUGACCGUCAAUAUAGGAGAGAACUCGUAAGGGUAUAUUUGUCAAAUGUAGAACAAAUUUGUCGUCGCUUUGUUGAAGAAAAAAGAGGAAGGCUCGGGAAAUUGAUAGAAGAUAAGGCUAGAUGGUCCGGCUUCUGUAAUUUCUGGUCGAGAAUCGAUAAAAACCUCAGGCAACAAAUGUCAAGGGAGAAAUCCGAUUCGAUAUUGAAAGUUGUCGUGAAGCAAUUCUUUAUAGAAAAGGAAGUGACGUCAACUUUGGUGAUGGACUCGUUAUACAGUGGAUUAAAGGCCCUUGAAGACCAGUCGAAAAACAAAGGAAAAUGUGAUGCGGAAGAAGUACCGAUAAUGCCCGUUGUCCAUAUGGAAAAUGAUAUGUUUCUUUUGGUUGAUGACGUUCUGCUGUUGCUUGAACGGGCCGCCAUUGAACCGUUGCCCCCCAAAGAUGAAAAAGGCCCUCAAAACCGUACUAAGGAUGGUGGCUCAGGGGAGGAUUUCAGUAAGGAUACUAUCGAACGAGACGAAAGGCGUCUCACUGAAUUGGGACGUAGAACUAUUGAAAUCUUUGUUCUAGCCCAUAUAUUCAGUAAAAUAGAAGUAGCGUACCAGGAGGCUGUUGCGUUAAAGCGACAAGAAGAGCUCAUUCGUGAAGAAGAGGAAGCGUGGAUAGCCGAAAGCGAAAAACGCGCGUCCGAAAAAGAAAAAAAAUCAAAGAAGAAACAGGCGAAACAGAAAAGAAACAACCGCAAGUUAAAGGAUAAAGCACGGGACGAAAAACCGAGUGUUGUAAUAGACGAAAAACCUAAAAAACAAAGCCCGAUUGAGGACGAUGCGGAUUUGUCAAAAAAGCCCGGUCUACUUGAACCACUUGAACCGCUUAUCCCACUCGAGGAUGUUUCAGACGUUUCGGAUUCAGUAGACUGUGUGACGGAAUCACCACAUCAACCCGAUUCAGAUGAUCGAGAUUCGAGCCCGGUCCACUGGGAUACCGACACUUCUGAACCGCAUCAUCCACCCACGGAAGCAUGUAGCAGCGGUGUUACGAGUGAACAAAACGGUGGGAGAAAGAGUCCCUCUGCAAUGGAUGACAGCUCGUCAACGUGUUCGUCAGAUUCCGUACCGUCAGUUGUGACCGGUGGGCCCCCUUAUCGAGGGAGUUUGCAUCAGAAUCAGAAAUCACAAAGUUCACCUAGCAGAGGGAAAGUCAAACACGGAAAGGGUACUGGUCAACCACAUGCAGAAGGUGAUGGGGCUGCGGUCUCGUUGCAGGAUAAGAAAGUGGAAGAAGUUGUUUCGUUGCAAAAAAAGCUAACCAUUAAAGACGACACGGAACCCGAGAGACAUUCGAAAGAAAAAACAACCGUCUCCGUUGCACCGUCUUCACCGAAAAGCCCGUCAAAAGCUUCCCCACGAGCGCUUCAAAAAUCAGACCUAAGAAAAACCGCCCAAAACACGGAUAAACCGGUGGUCUCGUCAAACUUAACCGAUGGUUCGGUCGUAUCCAAACCCUACGCACUAAAACCACCCGAAAGGCCUUCAGCGGUCCAACAACCACUGAACUCGGCUCAGAAACACGUGAAUGGCCAAGGGGCGUUAACAGCCGAAAAGCCUGUGGUUCAGGUUCAGGUUCAGCAUGUGUUGACUAAGCCGUUGAGCGUUUCAUCGGCCAAGCCGGUGCCACCAAUGUCGAGGCCUUUGAGCGCACCGUUAGUUGACGGGUCUAGAACUAAUGCCAAUACCUCGAGUACCGCUACCACCCCUGUUAUCUCAAUGGUUCAGACCGCACCGUUUCUGUCUCGUUCCGCAAGUGCGGCGGGGUAUCUCGGUCCUGACCCGUCAUCCAUGGGUCAAAGUUACGGUCCACCGUCGUAUCGUAAUGCUAUGAUGGGGAGUCAGGUUUCCGCUACUUCGUCUGCUUUUAGUCAAACCCAUUCGUAUUCGCAGCCCAUGUUUCUACCGCAAACCCCGGAAAGAAUCGACACGAACUCCAUCAGACCAAGUUUUUCGUUCGGGAUGAUGAAUCACGAUGUCGUACUUCAAAACGGGUCCCAGUGGAUGGAAUCCGUUCAACGGGAUAACGGCAUUAGCCGAUCGCAAACUCAAGGAAUGUUAGCGGAUGAAUUUCCGCAUCUAGAUAUCAUCAAUGAUCUACUCGAUGACGAGUACGCUAUGCCGAUCGCGUCAACUCCGGGCCCGUCAUUUCUUAACGGGCCUCGCCAUCUUUCUCAUCAGUUCACUUUCCCAGGGGACGUCGGUGGUUCACUCGACCAGGGUCCGUCAACAAGCUCGUGUAGGUUUGACCGAACUCGGAGUUUCCCCGAAGAGUUUCAACACAGUUACGGUGGCGGGUUUGACUUUUCAAGAGACUUGAUUUCACCGCAACCGAACUUGCAGCCUUAUGUAAACGGUCAGAUUGACGGGUUAGUUCAGAACCAAUGGCAGAUUGGCGGGUCGGAUCUUUCUUACGGGUUGAGAACAAUGGACGGUGACGGGUACCCGUAUCACAUGCCGGCGGAGUUUUCGAGUUUGACCAUGGGGGUCAACGGUUACACCAUGUACCGACCAAACGGGCAGUGAGUAGGCUGCGAAAGAAAUUGUUAUUCGGUUGUAAUAAUCUAUAUGAAGAAGAGGAUGAUGAUUUGAAGUGAGGUUGUAACCCUUUGAUAAGAAAACUUUUUUUUUUUUUUAUUUUACUUUUUAUUCUGAAAGAGUGAUUCUAGCAAUAUUUUUCUGUUUGUUUUUUUUUUAUUAAGAUUUGAAUUCUUACUUUGCUCCCAAUGUUUACUAGAUUGCCGAAACGUUUAUUAAACCUGUUUGAUCGGGCUCGAUCUUGCUAUAUGGUCGGGUCUGAAAUUGAACUAAUAAUUUCGGCUACUCUGUC